UGACGCUUCUCCUCCUCGUCUUCACCAUGGACAGCUUCGACUUCGCCCUGCUCCAGGAAUGGGACCUGGACUCCCUCUGUGUCUAUGAACCAGACAGAAAUGUUCUGCGGAGGAAAGAAUGGGAGAGGAGAAAUCAGGAGGCACAGCAGGAAGAUGGUUCAUUUAAUACCAGUUACUCCCUCUUCAGUGAACCGUACAAGACUAACAAGGGAGAUGAGCUCUCAAAUCGUAUCCAGAAUACAUUAGGCAACUAUGAUGAAAUGAAGGACUUAUUGACGGAUCGAUCCAACCAGAGUCAUCUUGUUGGAGUUCCAAAACCUGGGAUUCCACAGGCACCUGUGAACCAAACUGAUGAACAUUUUAUUGCAGAUUCAAGACCACAGCCUCAGCCUUCCAUCUGCAGCACUUCAUCAUCCAUACCAGCCGCUCUAUCUGGUCAGCAAAGCAAGAGCCCCACAAUGGGUUGGCAGAAAGCUGGGCACAAUGCUUCUGAUGGACAGCAGAGGGCCAGCAAGCAUGGGCACAGAUUGCUUGAGUCACACAAUAGUGACUUCAAAAUGGCUAACCAAAAAACCAGUCUGGAAAAGCUUAAACACUUUGCAUUGAGUCCCACAUCGUCAUCUGUCAGUGCUGCAAAACAAGGUACUUUAAGAUCCGUGCUUGGAGACAGUGUCAGCAAAGCACAACAGCAGUCCAAAUUAAAUUGCAGUGUAGAAGCAGGAUCUCAGGCUCAAGAAAGGCCAGCAAAACACAGCACUGGGCACUGUGUUCAGAACUUCCCUCCUUCACUUGCUUCAAAGCCCAAUAUAGUUCAACAGAAACCAACGGCUUAUGUAAGACCAAUGGAUGGUCAAGAUCAGGCUCCUGAUGAUUCUCCAAAGCUAAAGUUAUCGGCAGAAGCUAAAAUGCACUGUACAUCAUAUAGGGGAGUACCUUCUAAUAAGCCUGACCCAACUAUGGCCAAGACCAAGAUGGCAAAAUUUAACAUUCCCCAGCAAGAAGAGGAGAGUGGAACAGGAGAUAACAGCUGUAUUGAAGAAAUUUUGCGGGAGAUGACCCAUUCUUGGCCUCCCCCACUCUCAGCUAUUCACACACCUGGAAAAGUGGAACAGAGCAAGUUUCCAUUUGCAAACAAGGAGUCGCAGCAGGUGUCUACAGGACACAGCAAUCCAAGGAAAGGUGAUGCUGAGCCAAAGAAUCCAGAAAACAGUGCAUCACAUACAUCAAUGCUAGAAGAUGACCUCAAGUUAAGUAGUGAUGAAGAAGAGAAUAAUCAGCAGGCAGCACAGAGAUCUGCUCUCCGCGUUCUGUCUGACAGCAUUGUCGUGCCGCAGCCCAGUAGCAGAACCUCGGGGCUCUCCAGCAAGAGGUCAAGCAGCAGCAGCUCCAGUGAAUCCGAGAGCAGUUCCGAAUCUGACUCAGAGAGUGAAAGCAGUUCCAGUGAGAGUGACGGCAGCAAGCCCUCUCAUUACUCCAGCCCAGAGCCUGAGCAGCCAUCAUCAAACAAGUGGCAGUUGGAUAAAUGGCUAAAUAAAGUUAAUCCUCACAAAACAUCUAUUCUUAACCAAAAUGAUAAGCAUGGACUGGAGAGCAAUCAGUAUUACAGCAGAAUAAAGGAUGAAGGACAGGAGUGUGAGAAAAUACCAGCUAUUUGCCAAACUGACCUUAGAGACAAGGAAAUUAAGAACCCCAGCAAAGAGGAGUUGAGGCCUAGAACUGCUAAUAAAGCGCCAGGAAAUAAAGGAGGGAAGCAGAAAUCACCUCCUACGGCUGCUGCUGUUUCUGGAGACAGCGGCCCUCAGAGAAGGACGACUUGUAAAAAACAGCCAAGAAGAACAGAGAGGACCUCUGGUGGGGAUGCGUUGAACUGCCAUACAUCUGAGGAUCUCGCUUUGAGCCAAGUAGUUUUGGAAAAUAACAUCUGUGAACAACCUAAAGCCAGGCCCUGCAACAACAGAACUGGGCACAGAAAAGAGCCCCGCUCUGUCGCUGCAUGUGAAAAGAGACGUACCAGAGGGCCAAGCAAAACUGCCCCCAAAUCCAAGGAAUUUAUCGAGACGGAGUCUUCGUCUUCAUCAUCUUCCUCAGAUUCAGAUUCAGAAUCCGAACAAGAGGAAUAUCCUCUGCCCAAACCUCAAACUGUGGCCUCUGCUUCAGGUGGGAGUGAUCAGAGGUUGAGGGACUCCGUGAGCAGUAACACCAACAAAACUAACAGCAGCUGCAGUGCCUUUGGCUCCAUUAAUGCCAGGACUAGUAAUGAUAUAGCAAAGGAGCUGGAGGAACAGUUUUAUACUCUAGUUCCUUUUGGCAGGAAUGAGCUCCUGUCUCCUCUGAAAGACAGUGAUGAGGUAAAAUCACUGUGGGUCAAAAUUGAUUUGACUCUUUUGUCCAGAGUUCCAGAGCGUUUACCUGAGGAGUCACUGGCAAUGAGCACUGGAGGAAAAGAAGAAGCCAGCCUUCAGCAGAAUAAUUGUACUUACCCACCAGCAGAAAAGGUUGUGCCAAAAUCUAGAAGGAAACGCAAGUGUGAAAAUGAAGAAGAGGACAGGGAGAUCAAGAAGACUCAUUUAGAGCGAGAGUGUUCUUCACGAUUAAUUGCCUCUGCCCCAGGUAUUUCAACAGCAAAUCAUUGCAACAGGAACGAACAUAGCUUGGCGAUGCCAAUAAAUAAAAAUGAGAAAAUGCUUCGGUCACCCAUCUCACCCCUCUCUGAUGCAUCAAAACACAAAUACUCCACUGAUGAUUUAACUUCUUCCAGUAGACCUAAUGGCAGCAGUCUAUUACCUUCCUUGUCCUCCAGCAAAAAACAUAAGAGUGAAAUCCAGCCACAGCCACAUCCCGCAGACUGCAAUAAAGCAGUUCACAUCAAUUCAGAAAGUGUUCUCUGCAACAAGCCACACUCCCAAACAGAGCCUUGGCCAUCUUUAUCCAGGGCACACAAAGACUGCAGAAGAACAAAGCUCAUCUUUGAUGAUAUACCACGCAAUGCAGAUCACUUUAUGCAAGAAGCUAAACGGAAGAAGCAUAGAGCAGACGCGAUGGUGGAGAAAUUUGGAAAGGCACUGAAUUACGCUGAAGCAGCAUUAUCGUUUAUUGAAUGUGGAAAUGCUAUGGAACAAGGCCCCAUGGAAUCUAAAUCCCCUUAUACAAUGUAUUCAGAAACAGUUGAACUUAUCAGGUAUGCUGUGAGACUAAAAACCCACGCAGGCCCUAAUGCCACUCCAGAGGACAAACAGCUAGCAGCAUUAUGUUAUCGCUGUUUGGCACUUCUAUACUGGAGAAUGUUCCGACUCAAAAGAGACCAUGCUGUAAAGUAUUCAAAAGCACUUAUUGAUUAUUUCAAGAAUUCAUCGAAAGCUGCCCAGGCUCCAUCUCCAUGGGGUGCCAGUGGAAAGAGCACAGGAACUCCAUCCCCCAUGUCUCCUAGCCCUUCUCCUGUCAGCUCAGUAGGAUCCCAGGGGAGCACUGGUGCCCCUUCCCCCUCUUCCACUAUCAGCAUUCCACAGCGUAUUCAUCAGAUGGCAGCCAAUCACGUCAGUAUUACCAACAGCAUCCUGCACAGCUAUGACUAUUGGGAGAUGGCUGACAAUCUAGCCAAGGAAAAUAGAGAGUUUUUUAAUGAGUUGGAUGCACUGAUGGGACCUGUCACCCUACACAGCAGUAUGGAACAUUUAGUUCAGUACACUCAACAAGGACUUCACUGGGUACGGAGUAGUGCUCACGCAAAAGACUGUGUGCCAUUCAAAUGAACUGCAUAAUCUCCCAUGGACAAUUCAGUUAUUCUGGACACUGUGCUACAGAAAUAAUCAACCAUAGCAUCCAAAUAAAGGUGAAUAUUUCUUCAAUGUUGAACAACAUUUUUCAGAGUGUA